CUCUUGUUUAGCCCUGUCUACAUUUCUGAGAGUUUUCCCCCUGUGUUUGUUAUUUUUGUUUGGACCUUUGGACUGUGUAUUCCGACUCUGAUUCUAUGCUGCCCGUCCCGAUGUCUGCUUAUUUCUGGUUACGAUUCUGGUUAUCCCUGACACACCUGACGCCAUUCCUGAUCAAUUGGAAUUGCAAUUGGAUCCGAAAGUCUCUGACUCUCUCUUCGUAACAAUAAGACUCCACUUGAGCAGGACAAAGCAAUCAUUCAGUUAUGAUAUUUAAGAUGAUCUGGGUGAUCUAUAAAUGGGUGGUGAGGAAAUUUUUAGUGCAAAAUUUGUGUUUUCAUGUGGCGUUUCUGUGUUUUUUCAUUCAGUGGGAACAACCAUAUCUACACUGUACAACACCACUUCAUAGAACCUCAAGAAAAGAAUCCUGUUUUUCCCAUUUUCUCCUAUAAUUAUGGUUUCUGUGGAGAAUGUAGGAAAUAGCUGUGGUGUAACUGUACAUGAUAACUGGAUAAAGUUCAGACGUGCAUGUUACUUACGUUUACACUUGUAAACAGUUGCAUUUUAAUUUAUUCAUUUAGCAGAUUAAUUUAUCCAAAUGAUUUCUUUGCUUUUGUAUCACAGACGUUUAUAUUGAAAUUAAUACUACAAAAAAUGCCAUAUCUGCGUAUUUUUGAAACAGUACAUUGUAUGAACCUAUGACAAAAACCAGCAUAAAAUAUUGUAAUGAUCAUGGGCUUGGACUGCAUCUUUAAUGCUUUGUAUUAUAUAAGAUAUUUUAACAAACCGAAUUAGCAAAAUGCAAACUGUCUUUCCAUUUAACAUUGAGUUUAUGUGUUUUCAAAAAGAACUUUCUAUGGAAAAUGUUUCAUCACAGAAUCUCAUGCUCAUGUUAAGUGGGAAGUGACUUAACAUUUCUUGGUUUCGUAUAUUGCAACAUCUCAAAGCUGGACAAUGUAAAGGGUGAUGUGUUGUAAAACUGUUUGCGUGAUUUUGGACUGGGUAUGAGUACGUGCUCAAUGACCCGAAGUGAUUUUUUUUUUUUUUUUUGUGGGUGGACACUAAAUGAAACCUACACUUAUAAAAAUUACAAAACGCGUUGAAGGUCAGAUCUUGAAAGACUGAAAGCUUUGAUAUCAUCUUUUCAUCUGCACACAAAUAAAGAACAAGUGGACUUGUCAUCAUAUAAAAGGUCAGCAUGGGCGACUGGGGAUUCCUCUCCAAGCUUUUAGAUAAAGUGCAGUCUCACUCAACCAAUAUUGGCAAAGUGUGGCUGUCGGUUCUUCUGAUCUUCAGGAUAAUGGUUCUUGGAGCUGGGCUGGAUAAAGUCUGGGGAGAUGAACAGUCCAGUAUGGUCUGCAACAUCAGAACUCCUGGUUGCUUGAACGCGUGCUACGACCACAUCUUCCCCAUUUCUCACAUGCGAUUCUGGGUGCUCCAAAUCAUCUUUGUGGCCACGCCAAAUCUGGUCUACCUCGGCUACGUUCUGCACGUCAUCCACAAGGAAAACAAACUGAGGCAGCAAUUACAAAACGAGGCAGAGAAACGGGGGGUAAAAAUGCCCAAAUACACUGAUGACAACGGGAAGAUUUAUUACAAAGGGAGUCUGCUUUGUGGCUAUAUGUUGAGUCUCAUUGUCACCAUUUUGUUUGAAGCAGGGUUCAUUGUGGGCCAGUAUUAUUUAAUUGGCCUUUGGAUGCCCACACAGUUAGAAUGUAAGGUAGAUCCUUGCCCUAAGAUCGGUCUGCAUUGUUAUACAUCCCGCCCAACUGAAAAGACCGUCUUCAUUAUCUUCAUGCUCAUUGUGGCGUGUGUGUCUUUAGUCUUAAAUCUAGGAGAGAUGUUCUACCUGAUGGGUCGUAGAGGCGAACACAAGAGGAGGACAUCUGCAAGGUCUGAGAUGCAGAAAUUAACCCCCACCGAGACAUUUUGCUGAAUGAAUCUUAUUUACCAUAAAACUUACUGUAUCUACUAACUUUACAAUGUCAGCACUUUUUACUUGUUAAAUAAACCAUAUUUUGUAUUGGUUUAAGGAAACAAAUUAUGCAUUUACUCUAAUCCAAUUUUAACUGUUUACAACGACUAUAAAAAUGAUGCAUACAUUUCUAACUAUAAUACCGGUGAUUGUAGCAAUUAUUAUAAACCCGCACAAAUACAAAUCCCCACACAUUCUGAAAGAUUAUUGUUUUUCAAAGACCCCUGGAUGUCUUCAGUCCCACCAUAACUGCAGGUUGGUACCUUUUCAGAAGGUAGACUACACCAUUUUAUACCGUAUUAUGGUAUAAAAUACCAUAUUCUGCCAUAUUUAUCCAUAAAAAUAUGUGUGUUAAAUGUUCAUAUUAGUACCUACAUUCUUAAAAAUAAUGGCGCUUAAAUGGUUCUUCACAUCGAUGCCAUUCACUCAAAUACUCUUUAAAGAACCAUCUCUGUCUUACCUUUUUAUAAUCUGAAGAAGAUUAUAAGAGAUUAUUCUUCAUGGAACCAUUUAGACAAAAAGUUCAUUUUAUGGCAUUGUGAAGCACCUUUGUUUUUAAGAAUGUAAAUGGUACGUUUUAGUACCUAAAUGGUGCAGUAUACUUUUUAUAAGGUAGGCCUAAAAGGCCCAGUGACAAAUUUUGUACUUUUUUUUCUGACAAUGCAGCAAUUCCUGCCAUUAUUGUAAAUAUAUGUGAACAUGUCAUGUGUGCAAAUAUAAAUAAAACAUCAACCAAG